UUUGCAUCUGUCAGUUAUUUAAAAACUAAUAUGGGAUACAUCGUGAGAAGCUGGAGUUUUCAUUGUUUUUCAAGAAUUUCCGCAUCAGUGAUACAGUGUAUCGCAGCAUAGAAAGCUUGCCCUGAGAUCCAGCUUUGAGUCCAGUCUUCUAAUCUGUUCAGCAUUCACAACAGCAUCUAUGGCAGGGCUGUAUAGUUCUACUCUAAAGACUCUGGAGGACCUUACUCUGGACUCUGGCUAUGGGGCAGAAGACUCCUACAGGUCACUCAGUCUCUCAUCUUCCAAGUCGAACUCCCAACCUUUGGCUUCUUCUCAGCACAGGGGUAACUGGUGGUAUUAUUCUGGGUCCAUGAACAGCAGGAACAGCAGCUGGGACACCAUGAAUACUGCUCUUACAGAGGACACUGACUUGGCCGACAUGUUCUCUCGAUGCCACCGACUGCCUGAUUUGGAGGAUUUUCCAUGGAGUGAAGAAGACAUUGGGAAGCUCCUCCGAAAAGGCAGAGGCGAGGGAGGAAGAUGGGAAUUUUCUCCGGAUGCAUUGAGAAGGAUGUCAGUCUUGUUGAGGAGACCUCUCAUAAGGAUAUCCCGGGAGGCACAACGCCUGAGUGUCCUGCACUGCAAGUGCACACGCUACGAGGUCCAAAGCGCCAUGAAACUCAUCCUAAGCUGGGCAUUGUCACAGAGCUGCGUCCUGGCUACUGUCAGAGCUUUGUCGCUUUACAGUAUGAGUGCCGGGGAUGGCCUGAGGCAUGGAAAGUCUGCCCGUUGUGGACUUGUGCUCUCUGUAGGAAGGUUCUUCAGGUGGAUGGUGGACACCAGAAUCUCAGUGAGGAUACACGAGUAUGCGGCCAUCUGCUUGACCGCCUGUGUGGAGAACCUAGUGGACGAGAUCAGGAAGCGCGUUAUAUCGACCCACGGAAACGAUGGGGUGGAAAUUUCUCUUGACAGUCUCGAGAUGGCAAUUAAUAAUGACGCAGAGCUGUGGGGAGUACUACAACCUUAUGAGCACCUGAUCUGCGGCAAGAAUGCUAAUGGGGUCCUCUCGCUGCCCCCUUACUUCAGUCCCUACAAUGAUGGUUCUUUUGUGAGAGAUGAAACGGGCAGCGCCUACACCCACCUGGAGCUGCGCACCUUGGAGCAGUCUCUCCUCGCUACCUGCGUUGGCAGCAUCUCGGAGCUGAGUGACCUUGUUUCCCGCGCCAUGCAUCACAUGCAGUGUCUGAGCGCCCCUAGGCCUGGCCUGAGCCCGGCCCGCCACGCACGCCACCCCCAGCAACACAUAACCUGGUCUCCCGACUCUCUGCACACGCUCUACUACUUCCUACGGUGUUCACAGAUGGAGUCCAUGGAGAACCCCAACCUUGACCCUCCCAAAAUGGCGCUUCACAACGAGAGGCCUUUCAUCUUGUUGCCCCCACUCAUGGAGUGGAUGCGAGUGGCCAUCACUUACGCAGAGCACCGGCGGAGCCUGACGGUGGACAGCGAUGACAUCAGACAGACGGCCAGACUGCUCCUUCCGGGACUGGACUGCGAACCCCGGCAGCUCAAGCCCGAGUGCUGCUUCAGUUCCCUGAGACGCCUGGAUGCCGGAGCCGCCACCGAGCGCUUCCAGCAGGACCUGGGGUUCCGGAUGCUGAACUGCGGACGGACCGACCUCAUCCCGCAGGCUGUCCGGGUUCUGGGGCCCGGCGGGAUUAAUACUCUGGACGACCAGGGUCUGACCCCUCUCAUGUACGCCUGCGCCGCCGGGGACGAGGCCAUGGUGCAGAUGCUCAUCGAGGCUGAAGCCAACUUGGAUGUGGCAGUCCCGAGCAGUUCUCCCAAACACCCGUCGGUGCACCCCGACAGCCGCCAUUGGACCGCUCUGACGUUUGCGGUGCUCCAUGGACACAUUUCGGUUGUGCAGUUGCUGCUGGACGCAGGCGCUCAUGUUGAGGGCUCGGCGGUGAGCACCGGUGAGGAUAAUUAUGCAGAAACCCCUCUUCAGCUGGCAUCUGCUGCAGGGAACUACGAGCUGGUCAGUCUACUUCUGGACCGAGGAGCUGAUCCUCUACUGAACAUGUUGGAGGCUGGAGGAGUCCCCUCAACACUUCAUGAGCAUAUGAACUGCUUUAGCCACGCGGCGGCGCAUGGACACAGGAACGUCUUAAGGAAGUUGCUUGCGCAGCCGCAGCUCUCCCCGGGGGAUGUCCUGUCCCUGGAGGAGAUUUUGGCAGAAGGAGUAGAGGACGAUACAUCUAGCAUGGGGAGUUCCGACCAGAUCCCUGUGAAGCUCUGCAAGACCAGGAUGAAGGCUUUGCAGGAGGCCAUGUAUUACAGCGCCGAGCAUGGAUACCUGGACAUCACGAUGGAGCUCCGCAGCUUGGGGGUCCCUUGGAAGCUCCAUGUAUGGAUCGAGAGCCUUCGGUCUUCCUUUCACCAUUCGCACCAUUCUGUGAUGGAGAAUCUGCUCCAGGAAUUCAGCUCCAUCAGGGAGGAAGAGUAUAACGAGGAGCUCGCUAACGAAGGCUUGCCCCUCCUGUUUGAUAUCUUCACGGCUAGUAAGAGUGAUUCGGUGACGCAGGAGGUCGCAGCCAUAUUCGCUCGUUGCUACGGAGACAGCCCGAUACCCAAAAUUCCCGAGAUACAGAAGUCAUUGCCCGCUCGUUUGGAUCCUCACUUUUUGAACAAUAAGGAGAUGUCUGAUGUGACGUUUCUGGUGGAAGGGAAGCUGUUUUAUGCUCACAAAGUCCUCCUGGUCACUGCGUCUAACCGAUUCAAGUCCCUGAUGGCAAAUUCUACGGAGCCGGACGAUCCGUGUCAGAAGACCAUCGAAAUUCAGGAUGUAAAGUACAGUGUGUUCCAGAUGCUGAUGCAGUACUUAUAUUACGGAGGAACCGAGUCUAUUCAAGUCCCCACAGCUGCCAUUCUAGAGCUUCUCUCGGCGGCCAGUCAGUUCCAGCUCGAUGCUCUGCAAAGGCACUGCGAGAUUAUCUGCUCCCAUGCCAUCAACGCGGGGAAUUCUGUUAGUAUCUACAAGUAUGCCAAGAUCCACAACGCUCCAGAACUGACGGUGUUCUGCGAGGGUUUCUUCCUGCAGAAUAUGAAGACCAUGUUGGCACAAGAACCCUUCAGACAUCUCAUAUACGGACGCAACAGUAAAUUACAAGGACUGGACAUCCUUACAGACCUGCAGGACACGCUGACCAACCGGAUCAGGGAUGUUUAUAUUUCAUCACGCGUGUGAAGGGAGCCCAACACGCAUGUACAGAGUUCUUGUACAGCGCCGACCGGCCAAGAUGAAGCAAGAAACCUAAGAGGAGGUCUUGCUGGUUGUAAAGCCUCCAUCAUCAUGGACUUCAGAGGCAGCGCCGACGCCAGAGGACAUACGGCUUGCACUUUUGUUUUGGGGAAAAAAAAGGCACAAACCGGCAGCCUGGGUGGUGCACAGCUGGUACUGAGGCUGUAGGACAAUGUAUAAUUGUAGACUAUUAAGAUGUAUUUAAUUGUCUGUGUAGAUAGAUUAAUUGGACACCCGACAUACAACCUGUAAAGUACUAACAAGGGUUUAGAACGAAGCAAAGAGCAGCCCCCCCUGUAAGGGAACGGUUACCCCAACUUGGUAAUCUUGCGCAGAAUCUGAAACAGACCACUGAGGUUUCGGGAGGUUUAAGUUCUAUAUUAUUUUUUACAUAAUUGUUGUUUCAGAAUCUUCAGCACCUUAUGAACGAUCCAAAUCUUUAACUAACUGAGUGGGUAUAUUAAUAAUAAAGUGGUGAUUUCAAACACUGAAA